GCGGGGAGGGCGCGGGGCUGGGCGGGGCGCCCUGCUGAGCUCGGGGCUGCAGCUACAAGUUGGCCGGAGCUGGAGCAUCGGAGCCGGGGCUGUGGCCGCGCGUGGCCGGAGGCAGUAGGCUGAGGACGCAGCGGUCGCGGGGCACGGACCGGGGGAGGAGAGUGGAGCCCAGCCGGGGGCAGGCCCGGGAGCCCCCUCCCUUCCGGUCCUCGGAGCCCCAGUCCGGAGGAGAUCCCCCGUUCUUCUCAGAAGUCCUUCUCUAUGGUUGGAGACCAUGUUCAAGCAGCCCAUGUGUGUGUUGAAGUUCCUCCGAGGGUCCACCAACCAGAGAGCGUGCACGCUGUUAGCCAUUAUUUUCAAGCUCAUGUUUCUCGUCUCUAUCAUGAUCUACUGGAUGGCAGAAUCGAAAUACAAGGGCCAGCUACGCAGCUUGCCUCUCGAGGUUAAGUGCCCCCUCGUCCUUUCUUCAGCGCCUUCUCCGAUCCUGGGUGAGCCCCCUGCCCCACCGGGGGACAUCUUCUUUGUGGAAACUUCCGAUCGGACCAACCCCAACUUCCUUUUCAUGUGUUCGGUGGAGUCGGCCUCCAGGACUCACCCUGGUACCAGGAUUGUCGUCCUCAUGAAGGGCCUGCUUGGCAGGAACUCUUCCCUCCCCAAGCACUUGGGCAUCUCUCUGCUGAGCUGCUUCUCCAAUGUGGAAUUCCAGCCACUGGACCUGGCCAACCUUUUUGAGGGCACCCCUUUAGCCAGCUGGUAUGCCUCUCUCAACCAAAGAUGGCAUCCGUACCUGGUCCCCACCGUUUCAGAUGCUGCCAGAAUAGCCAUCAUGUGGAAGUUUGGGGGGAUUUAUUUGGAUACGGACUUCAUCGUGCUGAAAAAUCUGAAGAACUUCACCAACGUCCUGGGCAUCCAGUCCAAGUACGUGCUCAAUGGGGCCUUCCUGGCCUUUGAGCCCAAACACGAGUUCAUCUACCUCUGCAUGCAGGACUUUGUGGAUCAUUAUAACGGGUGGAUCUGGGGCCACCAGGGCCCCCAGCUCUUGACCCGCGUCUUCAAAAAGUGGUGCGGGAGUCAGAGCCUUCAGGAUCGCCGGAGCUGCAGAGGGGUCCAUGCCCUGCCCCAGGAAGCCUUCUACCCCAUCACGUGGCAAAACUGGAAGAGGUAUUUCGAAGACAUCAGCUCACAGGAAUUCCACACGCUGCUGAAUAAGACCUAUGCGGUCCAUGUAUGGAACAAGAAGAGCCAGAGCGUCAGCUUUGAGGUCACUUCUAAGGUACUGCUGGCCCGUCUCUAUUCCCGCUAUUGCCCUAUGACCUCAGAGGUCAUGAAGAUGUACCUCUGAAGAGCUGAAGUGGACUCCUGACAACCUGCCCCCUGAGAAAGCUUUGGCUCAACACUCUGCGCCCUCUUUAUGGAAAGGAGCACCUGAGAUGAAAGGGCCAUUCCAGCUAGAGAACAUGGGAUCUUCCACAGAUAGGGGGUUCUGAUUGGGCUGGAGGUGGGAAGUGAUGGACCAUCCUCCUCCCUCUGUCCCGAAUGGUAGCCAUCUGCCAAUAGGGACUGUGAGUAUCCAAAAGAACAGAAUGGAGGAAAAGGCUGUUGGCUUGGAAGAAAGGGAGAUGUGUGUCACCAGAAAUCAGGGAAUUGGGGCAGCUAGACUGGCCCUGAAGUCAGGGGGACCUGAGUUCAUUUGCAGCCUCAGACAUAUAAUACUUUCUAGCUGUGUGACCUUGGACAAGUCACUUAACCCCAAUUGCUUUACCAAAAAUAAAAUAGGUCAGAGAAUGGAAGCUGGUUCAGAGAAUUCAGGGUGAAGAAGGCAAAAAAAAAAAAAAAAAAAAAA